AUGUCUCUCAAUAUUGGACACAGGCUUGGUGUCUUCAGGCAAUCGGCGGGCCUAAAUUUGUCUCGAGACCUUCGAGCAAAAUCAUAUAUAUUUCCUCUAUCUCCAUCGAGGCUCAAUCACACCGCUCAAAGUCUUCCUCUCCCACAAAACCGUACAAAGACACGAUCUCGAGAAAGUCGCCGGAUAAACUCGAAAAUCGCCUCCGGUAGUUUACUUAUACUGUGCGCCAACUCAGUAACUGAGACUGGAACUACUUGCACAGCAUCCAGCGGCAACAAUAUAUGUGCAAGAAAAUUACAUCAUACCACGAAGCAAGGCACAGUGGGAAGCUUAGCGCGGCGACUUUGGAAGCGAACAAUCCACACGCAACAUAACAAGCCAGGCGAGGAUGCAGACAAUGGAUCGACUACCAACAAGAUACUGAAUCAACAAACAAAAGAUAGAGAACCCGCUUCCCUCAAUAGAAAUCUCCGAGAGCGCUUACCUACCUUACAUCAUUUCCAUCGGCCUACAAAGGAGGAAUUACUAGCAGCAGCAACUGGUUUCUGGUCAAGACUGCGAGUCAGAUUUAAGUGGUUUUCUAUUAGAAGUGUGCGGCCGUUCACUUUGGAUGAAAUUGGUGCUCUCUUCUCAUGGGUGCUUCUUGGGCAUAUUCUCUGGAUCAUUCUCGGAACAACGACUUUCUUCUCCUUACUAAUUUUCGCUAUCAACACAGUCUUUGCACAAGAAACUCUUGCUCGUUGGGUUGGUAAUUACCUGACAAAAUCCUCGGGUGUUAAGGUUGUAUUUGAGUCUGCUAUUGUGCCCAAGUGGAGAGAUGGAGUCAUCACAUUCAAAAACGUUUUCGUCUCCCGUCGACCCGGGCAUGGUGAAGGGCGUGUGAGCAAGGGGUCUUCAAAAACGGCGGCUGCCGCGGCCGCGGCCGCUGCUGCUUUGAGUGAGCCUAAAGAGUCUGAUAUGGAUCAUGCAGCGGACGAAGAGGAUACCAAUUACACCCAAUUUGAUGUCUCCAUCGACACGGUUAAUGUUACUCUUUCUUUUACAAAGUGGCUUAAUGGCAAAGGUCUUCUGCGCGACGUGGAAGUGAGAGGAAUAAGGGGUGUUAUCGAUCGCACACACGUCCAUUGGACUAACACGGAUCUUGACCCGAAGUCUUACCGCCAUGAACACAAUCCAGGCGAUUUUGAAAUUGACUCUUUCAAAAUGGAAGACCUGCUAGUGACAAUCUACCAACCCAAUAACUUCCGACCAUUUUCAGUCAGUAUAUUUUCAUGUGAUCUUCCACAGCUCAGAAAGCAGUGGCUUUUCUAUGAUUUUAUGUCCGCAAACAUGAUUUCCGGCUCCUUUGAUAACUCGCUAUUCACGAUUCACCCUCGCCAAACACAUAGUUUCACCGGUGCUCAGCUGAACAUUAAUGGUGAAGAAAAUGGAGGAACAAGUCCUUGGAAAAAGCAGAGCAGAAUCAGGAUUGACGGUCUUAACAUUGAUCACUUGAACCGUGGAGUUGAAGGGCCAUUUUCCUGGAUACAUGAGGGGGUUGUAGAUAUUGUCGCCGAUAUAAUGUUUCCUACGGAUGACAGCGAAGGUUUGGCGAAAGUUGUCUCAGAUUUCUAUGACAGAUUUGAAGCCACUGUGACUUCCAAUCGAUCUUCCUUGGAGGAAAAUAAUCAAUUCCAAGAUGGUCAACCUCAUAUUCCGCCCCUCUUGACGAGUGGUGAAGAAGAGAAAAGGUUUCUUGUGACAGAUCUACGGAUUCACCUAACAAAUGUGCGAGCUGUUGUUCCAUUGUUCACCAGAGAUCUCUCAUACAUAAACAACGCUCUCAUUCGUCCGAUUGUGGCAUACAUAAACUCUCGGCGCACCUUCAUUCCGGUGAAUUGUCGGCUCAUCAAAAGGCUCAGCGAUUUUGAUGGGAGCUGGACUGUUUUUGACAGCGGCUUGAUGGAUGAUCUUUCUGCCGCGACAUAUGAUGCAUUUGCGCGGGAUGUAGUGGACGAACAAGCCCGUACACGACGCUUCAAGAAAGUUGGUUUCUGGUCAUUACAACUUGCCGCCCAAGCCCUAUUCUUAGGAAUGGCUGGAAAUAUUGUUUGA